AGCGUAACAAAAUAGUUUUGGAUUGGUUUUGGGUGCACAGAGCGCUGCAAAAAAAAAAAAAAAUUAUAGAUGUGAAAGAAGUUAGGUGCAAUUGAGUUACUGAUUUGCAAAAAUGACUAGCAAGAAAAUGGCAAAGGGAAAGAUGGCUCCAAAUAUGAAGAAGAAAAAGCAGGGAAAAGAAAAGAAAAAGAGUACAUUCAUCUCAAAGGAAAAGGGCUCAAUUUUAAAACACUCAACCAAGAAGAAGUCUAUGUCAGAUGUUAAAGCAGCCUCAAGUGAUAUCCUGACAGAGAAGAUGUCUCUGUUUAAGGGUCAGUCUGAGUCUGUCAUCAAGAAAAAAGCAAAGAACCUGAAAGAGUUCACCCAGCCUGAAGGAUAUUUAAAGGAUUCCCCAAGAAAGCAAAUCAAGAAGAAAAAUGAACUAUCUUCACCCAAAACAGCUACCAAAGGGAAAGAAAAGAAAAUGAAGAGGAAACUAGAGAAUAAAUAUGUUAAAAGCAUGAAGGCCACAAAAUCUCCAAAAAAGGAGAUGGAUGCAUCAGAAGACAUGGCUGUUACAAAUGGCAAAAGGAAGAAGAAGCGUCGUGAGCUGGCGCGCGGCGAUGGUCCGGCGGCGGGUGAGCUCUCGUGGGCGGCGGCCGCGGGGACUGGUGGUGCCGCCGGCCAGCCGGCGCGUCUGACAGUGACUGGCGGCUUCUCCUGGGAGACGACCCCCUGGCCGCAGUCGGGACCGGCGGCGCCCGCCGCCGACAGCAGCGACGACGACGACGAGACGGAACAACAGCCGGCGGCGCGGCUGUCGCGCCAGCAGCUGCGGGAGCGGGCCGCCGCCGAGGAGCGGGACCUGGUGGAGCGCGAGCGGCGGCUGAUGGACCCGAGCCGCGCGCCCGAGACGGCCGACGACCACGAGCGGCUGGUGGUGGCGCACCCUGACGACUCCAGUCUCUGGAUCCGGUUCAUGUCCUACUUCCUGCAGGCGACGGAGAUCGAGAAGGCCCGAGGGGUGGCUCGGCGCGCCCUGAAAACCAUCAACUUCCGAGAGGAGGAUGAGAAACUGAACGUGUAUGUGGCCUGGCUGAACCUCGAGAGUAUGCACGGAACACAGGAGACCCUCAGUAACGUUCUUCACGAGGCGCUACAGUACAACGACACGUUCAAGGUGUACACGCGGAUGGCCGAGAUCCACCAGGCCAACAACAAACACGACGAGGCGGAGCUGAUGUACAGUCAGCUGGUGAAGAAGCUGCCGGCCAGGAAGGAGGCCUGGCUGCGCUACGGCGUGUUCCUGAUGCAGGUCGAGCGACGAGAGGCGGCGCGCGCGCUCAUGCAGAGGGCGCUCAAGUGCCUGGAGCGUCGUGAUCACGUGGAGGUGAUCAGCAAGUUCGCCCAGCUGGAGUUCCGCUUCGGCGAGCCGGAGCGCGGUAAGACCAUGUUCGACCACCUGCUGGCCACCUACCCCAGGCGGCUGGACCAGUGGAACGUCUACAUUAACCAGCUCAUCAAGGUCGCCGACUACGACGCCGCUAGACUGAUCUUCCAGCGGGCGGCCACGGUACGACUGAACGCGCGCCGCACGCGCUCCCUACUGAAGCGGUUCCUCGAGUUCGAGGAGGCGCACGGCUCGGCCGAACAGCAGGAGGCCGUCAGAGAGCUGGCCAGACAGUACGUGGAGGCACGCUCGGACGCCGACGCCGCCCUUCUAGACGAGCCGGCACGGUGACGUCACUGGAUCGACUCUGACGUCAUUGGACUAAACCAGGGACGUGGUCGAACCGGGUCGGUGGCGUUUUCGGUUUGAGGAGGUGGCGUCAUGUCGAACUGUUGACGUCAAACAGACUGAGGCCGUGUGACCCAGUCAAAGAAACCGAGCCUGUGACGUCAUCGGUCUGAAGUGUCAGGUGAUUGUGGCGGACCGCGUUUUGAGUUUAUUGGCGGGCCGCGAUGCGGACAGCCGAUUGCGGAAGAGUGCAACGCGUUACGAUCCACGUGUAUUGUUGGUAGGUGUGAUGUCUGGCGCAAUGGACAAUGGACAUACCGGGAUCGCGACCGGGUGUAUUCGCCGCCCGUGCGGACCGUGCUAUACAUUCGUGUAAUACACGACGAGAUCGCACUUUG